GCCAGAACACUCUGGAAUCGUCGAGAGAAAACGAGAAGACUGCCUCAAAUGCAGGUGGGAGUUAAUACAAUUUGUAUUAGUGGAUGAGAUAAUCCUAACAACAAAAUUGUUAUAUAUACUAGUGUAUAUAUAUAUAAAAAAUAAUAGUUAUAAAGAUAGUGGAAUUAAAAAAACAACAACAACAACGCACUAUAUUAUAAUAAUUUGUUAAAUGACACAGGUCUACAUGCUUUUCUUCUGUGCACAUGAACAAUUCUUGGGCGCUACGGUAAAAUGCGUUCAUUAACUUAAUUGGUGGACAUUUGAUUUGACACCAACCACUGCAUUCAUCAAACUAAUACAAAAACACCAAGUACAGCUACAUAAAGGAGAAACAUAAACUGUAGUAGAAUAAACUUUAUUGCUGAAGAAACCAAGUCUUGAAGGUUUUAAUUGGGGUUUGUUCAUCAUACGUUGAAUAAAAUGUUUUGGAAGAAAAGCAAGUAGACCUAUGUCAUUUAAGACAUGAUUAUAAUAUUGUGCAUUUUUUGUUUGUUUGUUUGUUUGUUUUUUAAUUCCACUGGUGAAUCUCCGAUAUAAUAUAGUAUGGACACACAUACUUUAAAAAAUUUUUUUAUUUAACAAUUUUGUUACAGGGAUUGUCUCUCAUCCACUAAUACAUACUGUAUUUACUCCCGCCUGGCGCCUGCAUUUGAGUCAGUCUUCUCGCUUUCUCUCGACGAUUCCAGAGUGUUCUGACUACAGUGAAUGUCAAUGAUCAAUUAUAAGAUCCGUGUACGCCUUCACAAUAAGAGAAACGUCUGGAAGUGUCCAGAGUGACAGCUCUGAUUGUAUAAAAGCAGCUCCGGGACAGCUGCAGCCUGCAGACAUCAGAACAAGAUCGAAAAGAGAUCCCGAAUAUCCAGCGACUUAUAUCCAGCGACUUCACAAAGAACUAAGAACGAGCGUAUCAACAGUCAAGCAAACAAAAUGGUUUCAGCAAAAGGCACCGCCAUUGGCAUCGACCUGGGCACCACAUACUCCUGCGUGGGUGUUUUCCAGCAUGGCAAAGUGGAGAUCAUUGCCAAUGACCAGGGCAACAGGACCACACCCAGCUACGUGGCAUUCACAGACACUGAGAGGCUCAUUGGCGACGCCGCUAAGAACCAGGUGGCGUUGAACCCCAGUAACACAGUGUUUGAUGCCAAGCGACUGAUUGGAAGGCGGUUUGAUGAUCCUGUGGUACAAUCGGACAGGAAGCACUGGCCCUUCAAGGUAGUCGCCGAUGGAGGGAAGCCCAAAAUCCAGGUGCAAUACAAAGGGGAGGAGAAGGCUUUCAAUCCUGAAGAAAUUUCCUCCAUGGUGCUGGUGAAAAUGAAGGAGACGGCCGAAGCUUAUCUAGGUCAGCAGGUGUCCAGCGCCGUGGUCACAGUCCCUGCCUACUUUAACGAUUCCCAGCGUCAGGCCACCAAAGACGCUGGUGUCAUUGCCGGACUGAAUAUUCUGAGGAUCAUCAAUGAGCCCACGGCGGCAGCCAUCGCUUAUGGUCUGGACAAACACCAGUCAGGAGAACGCAACGUUCUCAUCUUUGACCUGGGUGGCGGCACUUUUGACGUGUCCAUCCUGACCAUCGACGGUGGUAUUUUUGAGGUUAAAGCCACCGCUGGAGACACACAUCUGGGCGGAGAGGACUUUGACAACCGCAUGGUGGAGCACUUUGUGGCCGAAUUCAAAAGGAAGCAUAAGAAGGACAUUGGCCAGAACAAAAGGGCUCUGAGGAGACUGCGCACCGCCUGCGAGAGGGCCAAGAGAACACUGUCCUCCAGCUCCCAGGCCAACAUCGAGAUCGACUCUCUCUUUGAGGGCAUCGACUUCUACACUUCCAUCACCAGAGCUCGCUUUGAGGAGCUUUGCUCUGACCUGUUCAGGGGAACUCUAGAGCCGGUAGAGAAAGCCCUGAAAGACGCCAAGAUGGACAAGGGCCAGAUCCAUGACAUAGUCCUCGUCGGUGGCUCCACACGAAUCCCCAGAAUCCAGAAGCUCCUGCAGGACUUCUUCAAUGGCAGGGAGCUGAACAAGAGCAUCAACCCCGACGAGGCGGUGGCUUACGGCGCUGCUGUUCAGGCUGCCAUCCUGACGGGGGACACCUCGGGCAAUGUCCAGGACCUGCUUCUGCUGGAUGUGGCGCCUCUGUCGCUUGGCAUUGAGACUGCCGGAGGAGUUAUGACGCCACUCAUCAAACGCAACACUACCAUCCCCACCAAGCAGACGCAGAUCUUCAGUACAUACUCUGACAACCAGCCCGGUGUUCUCAUCCAGGUCUUAGAAGGCGAGAGAGCCAUGACCAAGGACAACAACCUGCUGGGAAAAUUCGAGCUGAGCGGAAUCCCACCAGCUCCGCGAGGCGUACCGCAAAUUGAGGUCACCUUCGACGUGGACGCCAACGGCAUCCUUAGCGUGUCGGCGGUUGACAAAAGCACCGGCAAGGAAAACAAGAUCACUAUCACCAACGACAAAGGCCGUCUGAGCAAAGAGGAAAUAGAGAAGAUGGUGGACGACGCCCAAAAGUACAAAGCUGAGGACGACCAGCAGCGGGACAAGAUCGCCGCAAAGAACGCGCUGGAGUCAUAUGCCUUUACCGUGAAGAGCAGCGUGCAGGAUGAGAAGGUGGCGGCCAAGUUGUCCGAGGAGGACAAAAAGACACUAAUGGACAAGUGUGAGCAGACACUCAGCUGGCUGGAGAGCAAUCAGCUGGCCGACAAAGAUGAGUUCCAGGACAAGCAAAAGGAGCUGGAACGUGUCUGUCAGCCAAUUAUUAGCAAAUUGUACCAGGGGGCGGGACCCACGCAAAGCUGCAGUAGUCAGGCCCGGGCAGCUCAGGCCGGUGCCCAGGGGCCCACCAUUGAAGAAGUGGACUGAAGACAUUUGUAUUGUCUCGGAGCCUAAGACACAUUUAAAAUAAUACUGUAUAUAUGGUAUGAGAAUAAGCUAUUUCAAAUGUUUAAAGUCAUCAUGUUUGAAUUUUGUCAUAUUUGCAAUAAA